AUGAAAUCUCUCCAAAAAUUACUCAAAAAUAACAAAGACAUGGGACAUUAAUACAUUGAUUUUAUGUAGCUAUUUGAAAAGAAAUUGAAAUCAUGUAUCAUAAAUCACAAUUCACGUAAAAAUAUUCUAGCUUAAUACAAAUAAUAACAAUACAUUCAUUCACCAAUGCCUUUUUUUGAAUCUGAAGAGCUUAUAGUCUAUGGUUCAUUUGAAAAUAGUAAUAUUCAUGGAUGUUGUCAAGAAGAAAAAGGAGUAUUGAAUGUUCUACUUUCCAGUGAUACGAAUACUUAAGGUUGCACUUAAUGGUUUUACUUUGGUAUUAAGAUGCACAACAAAGGGAAACUAAAAAUACGUAUAUUAAAUAAUCGUCGUUAAAACACUCUCUUUAAAGAUUGCAAUCAUGUAUAUGUGUAUGAUGAUGAAAAAUGGACUGUUGGUUAAACCUAAGAAAUGUACUAUUAUAGAACAAAUAUAAAUCAUCCAUUUUAUCAUCAUGAAGAUGCUGGCAUAGCUUAACUUCAAUAAAACUUUUCAUUAUACACAUUAGAAUUCACAUAUGAGUUCAAACAAAGUGAAAAAAUAGUAUUUUUUGCAUUAACUCGUCCAUAUCAAGUCAAAAAACUUUAAAGAUUUAUUGAUUAAUGUCCAUUAAAAAGAAAAUCAGUGUGCAUUACAACAUUAGGAUUACCAAUUUGGCAAAUUAAGACUCCAAAAUAAAAUGGAUAAUAAAUUGUAAUAAUUUUGGCUAGAUAACAUCCAAGUGAAACUGCUGGAUCUUUUAUAUGCUAAGAAAUUUUACGUAUUUUAUGUAAAGGACACUCAAGUAUGUAAAAAUAUAGAUUUAUAAUUUAUCCUAUGCUAAAUCCAGAUGGUGUUUUUCUAGGAAAUUCUCGUUGUAAUUUUAAUGGCAUAGAUUUAAAUAGGUAAUAUGAAUAUAUAAAUUUUAGAAAAUGGGACAAUCCAAAAUAAAAAACUGAACCAGAGGUCCAUUAUGUUUUUAAAUCCAUAUCAAAAUAUGCUAAUAUCGCUUUUAUGAUAGAUUUACAUGGUCAUUCAAAAAAAUUCAAUCAAUUUCUUUAUGGUUGUUUAAAUGGAAAGAGUGUAUCAGAGUAUAUGAGAAUAAGAUAAUUUGGAAAGAUUCUAGCUCAUCAUAAUGAAAUUUUCUCAUUUAAAGUACCUUAAUAUUUAAUAGAGGGAUUGUUCAUAUGGUGUUAGUCCUGAUAGAGUUGGUACAGCUAGAGUGGCUUUAUGGAAAAGAUUGAAUAUUGCAAAUUCAAUGACAAUAGAAACAAGCAUUUAUGGUUAAAUGGGUAAAGCCUUUAGUUUAGAAGAUUACCAUGCUCUUGCUUAAAAUAUAUUGCGUGCACUUGAUCUUUAUAAUGAGUAGGUGGAAUCACCUGAAUUGAAUAUCAAUAGAGAAAUGAGCAAGGCAUUAAAAUAUGAUAGUGGAAGUGAUUCAGAAGCAGAAUUAGAUUUGAUAAUUCCAAGACCAAAUAGAAUUAAAAUCACAUCUAGAAAGGAAUCUUCAUGCAAACAUCAAUCAGUUGGAUAUGGAGGCAUUAAACCUAAAUUUGAGACUCCCUAAUUGAUACAUCAACAUAGUUAAUUUUUUAAGGAUUAAUCUUUUGUUGAAUUGUUACCUUAACCUUCCAAACUUCUUAGUCAGAGUUAAAAUAAAGUUUAACUUUAAAAGAUUAGGUCUCGAAUGAACUCAUUUUAAAGCCAAUACAUAGAAGAGUAACCAAAAUUUGGAAAUAUGAUAUCAGCUUUGCAAGUUAAAUAAUUAUUUAAAUGA